ACAUAUGUAGAGUAUGUCGGUCUGAAGGAACUCCUGAAAAGCCUCUCUAUCAUCCAUGUGUAUGUACUGGCAGUAUUAAAUUCAUUCAUCAAGAAUGCUUAGUCCAAUGGCUCAAACACAGCAGAAAAGAAUAUUGUGAAUUAUGUAAACACAGAUUUGCUUUCACACCAAUUUAUUCUCCAGAUAUGCCUUCUCGGCUGCCAAUCCAAGAUAUAUUUGCAGGAUUGGUUACAAGUAUUGGCACAGCAAUACGAUACUGGUUUCACUAUACUCUUGUGGCCUUUGCAUGGUUAGGAGUUGUACCUCUUACAGCAUGCCGUAUCUACAAGUGCUUGUUUACUGGCUCUGUGAGCUCACUAUUGACGUUGCCAUUAGAUAUGUUAUCAACGGAGAAUUUAUUGGCAGACUGUUUGCAAGGUUGUUUUGUUGUGACGUGCACACUCUGUGCGUUUAUCAGCCUUGUAUGGUUACGUGAACAAAUUGUCCAUGGAGGUGCACCACAGUGGCUAGAACAGAAUCAGCAGCAAGCCAUUAAUGGUGUUGGGCAACAGAAUGAGGCUCAGGGUGUAGGAAACGCUGGCGCUGAAAAUGCUGUACUUGAUCAGCCUGCGGACCAGCCUGCUGAGAAUGUAGUUGUAGGUGAAAAUCCAGAAAUCCUAGAAGAACAGCCAGAUGAAGAAGAAGAAGACAAUGAAGAUGAAGAAGACGUUGUAGUUGAAGAUGCAGCAGAUGCAAACAAUGGAGGACAAGAUGACAUGAAUUGGAAUGCAUUGGAAUGGGAUCGAGCAGCAGAAGAACUUACAUGGGAGAGAAUGCUUGGACUUGAUGGAUCCCUAGUUUUUUUGGAACAUGUGUUUUGGGUGGUAUCAUUAAACACACUAUUCAUACUUGUCUUUGCAUUUUGCCCCUAUCACAUCGGACACUUCUCUAUAGUUGGUCUUGGCUUUGAAGAAUAUGUUCAAGCUUCUCACUUCGAAGGCCUAAUCACAACCAUCGUUGGCUAUGUGCUGCUGGCAGUUUCAUUAAUUGUCAGUCAUGGUGUGGCAGCGCUUGUAAAAUUUCAGAGAUCACGUCGCCUGCUUGGUGUGUGCUACAUAGUUGUCAAGGUGUCCUUAUUAGUGGUGGUAGAAAUCGGUGUUUUUCCUCUUAUCUGUGGCUGGUGGCUGGACAUUUGUUCGCUGGAAAUGUUUGAUGCUACUUUGAAGGAUAGAGAAUUAAGCUUUCAGUCUGCCCCUGGCACUACAAUGUUCCUACAUUGGCUAGUCGGAAUGGUAUAUGUCUUCUAUUUUGCAUCCUUCAUCCUCCUCCUGAGAGAAGUACUGAGACCUGGUGUCCUCUGGUUUCUGAGGAAUUUAAAUGAUCCAGAUUUUAAUCCAGUUCAAGAAAUGAUUCACUUGCCCAUUUAUAGACAUCUCAGGAGGUUUAUUUUGUCAGUGAUUGUCUUUGGUUCAAUUGUCUUGCUCAUGCUUUGGCUUCCUAUACGAAUUAUUAAAUAUCUGCUGCCUCACUUUCUACCAUAUAAUGUAAUGCUCUACAGUGAUGCUCCUGUAAGUGAACUUUCCUUAGAAUUACUUUUGCUUCAAGUGGUUCUGCCCGCUUUGCUUGAACAAGGGCACACAAGGCAGUGGCUGAAGGGGCUUGUACGAGGAUGGACUGUUACUGCUGGCUACUUAUUGUAAGUGUGAAGAGUCCGGUCCUUUCAAAUGAUUGAGUUAAACUUUUUAUUACUUAAAUAAUUGAAGCUGAGUGUUCAAUGUUUGUCUGCUUUAUCUUUACAGUCCAACUCAAAAGAAUAUGCAUAUAAGGGCUUAGCAUGUGUUAAAAAUGAAGCAGUAUAAAUUACUACGCAACGUUUAUAUUAUAUUUUAAGUUUGUGCAAGAGAAAUUGUUUUAUUCCUUUAAAAUAUACAUUGACGAUAAGUACAGGUAGUUCUUAACAUGUAACCAGAACGGAGUUUGCCCCUUAUGGUCACAAGUUUUGUUGCAGUCAUUGUGCAGAUGGCGUACCCUAUUUUUCGGUUUAUAAGACGCAC